AUGGUGCUGAGUGCUCUCCGCGGACGCGCCGCCGCUGUGAGGCUCCUGGUCACCCGCAGCGCGCGACAAUGUGCUAUGCAACGUGCUGCCUUUGCUACCCAAACGAGUGUGUACACGUGGGGUACCGGUACAUUGGGCCAAUUAGGACACGGUCCAGUCGUUAAAAGCGGUAUCCGCAACGCAUACGAGGAGCUCUCGCCCAAGUUAUUGGAGGCCUUCGAAGGCAAAGGCAUCACUCGCUUGGACUUUGGUGCCAGUCAUAGCGCUGCCAUUGACGAGAGCGGCAAGCUGUUUAUGUGGGGCUCAAACGAGUAUGGUAAGUUGGGGCUAGGAGAAAGCAGCGAGAUGGAGGUGCUGCCACGUGAAGUGGAGGCACUGCAAGGCAUUGAGAUCGUGGACGUGUCCUGUGGAGAUUACUUUACGGCUGCGGUAGACGCAGAGGGCAAAAUGUACUCGUGGGGUUGGGGAGGAUCGACAAUGAAGGGCGCUGGUGGGCUAGGCCACGCUGGCGGUAAGGAUGAGCCUACGCCACGUCUACUGACGACGUUGGUCGAACAGGGGGUUCCCGUUUCCACAGUGAAGUGUGGCGAGUUUCAUACCGUGGCGCUUACCAAGGACGGUGAGAUCUGGGCGUGGGGCAAUGGCGAGUACGGACGUCUGGGUAAUGGCGAGUCUGACACAUGCGAGGUGCCCGAGCCGAUCGAGUUUUUUUCGAAUGACGUAGUCGUGUCUAUUGCCGCUGGACGUGACUUCUCGUUUGCGUUGACGGACAAGGGCGAGCUGUACAGUUGGGGUGGCAACAGUCAUAACCAGCUUGGCAUUGGCGGUGGGUUAGCAAUGGAUGUAUACAACAUCGAGUCGAUACCGGUACUGGUAGAAGCGUUCAACGGGCUGUCUGUCAAGCAAAUUGCUGCUGGCUAUGACCACGCCGCCGCGGUGACAGAGGAUGGCCGGUUGUACAUGUGGGGUGCCAAGAUCUGGAUCGAGCCGCACGAGAUGACGGCUGUGAACGAGCAUAAGGUUGUCCAAGUGGCUUGCGGACGACAGUACACUGCAGCUCUGACGGAUGACGGUAAAGUCUUUACAUUUGGCAAGGGUAGCUCCAACUGCCUGGGUCACGGCGAACGUAAGAACCAGCUGCAGCCUUUGCAAAUCGAGGCUCUAGCUAACAUCAACGUUACCUCGGUAUCGUGCGGCGAAUUCCAUAUGGGCGCUAUUGCAACACCUCACGCCGAGGCUGUGGACAUCGACUUUUCCUUCCGGGAGUAG